AUUUCCUCUUUAAAUUGGAUUUUCAUCUCCCUGCACUGCUCUCUUCCAUCCACGAAAGCCCUAGCAAUUCGGGGAUCGGAAGACUAUAAACCCUAGAUCAUGAGGGGCACCAAGCAAUUGAAGCAGCUGAAGCUCGAUGUUACCCCCCAGGAAGCCCCCGUCGACAAAUUCCUGACGGCGAGUGGCACAUUCACGGAUGGGGAUUUGCGGUUGAAUCAGAGGGGACUGCGGUUGAUCUCUGAUGAAACUCAAACUAGUCAGCCACCAGAUGUGGAAGAUGUAGAGUUCUCUAGGGAAGAUCUUGAGACCAUUAAAGUCAUAGGGAAGGGAAGUGGAGGAAUUGUUCAACUGGUGCGCCAUAAAUGGCUUGGAACAUUUUAUGCUCUAAAGGGUAUUCAGAUGUGCAUUCAGGAAACAGUUCGUAAACAAAUUGUGCAAGAACUUAAGAUAAAUAAGGCCUCUCAGUGCCCUCACGUUGUUGUUUGUUACCAUUCUUUCUACCACAAUGGUGUUAUUUCUCUAGUACUUGAGUACAUGGACCGUGGGUCACUUGCAGAUGUAAUUAAGCAAGUCAAAACAAUUCUUGAGCCAUAUCUAGCAGUCGUCUGUAAGCAGGUUCUGAAGGGUUUAGUAUAUCUGCAUCAUGAGCGACAUGUAAUUCAUAGGGAUAUAAAGCCAUCAAACUUGUUAGUCAACCAUAAAGGUGAGGUGAAGAUCACAGAUUUUGGAGUAAGUGCAGUGCUUCUCAAUUCCAUGGGUCAGCGUGAUACAUUUGUUGGCACCUAUAACUAUAUGGCGCCUGAACGAAUUAGUGGAACCUCAUAUGACUACAAAAGUGACAUCUGGAGUUUGGGCUUGGUAAUCCUUGAGUCUGCGACUGGCCAUUUUCCGUACACAUCAACAGAGACAGAAGGAUAUUUGAGUUUUUAUGAACUUCUAGAGGCUAUUGUGGAUCAACCACCACCUUCUGCUCCCUCAGAUCAGUUCUCCCCAGAGUUCUGUUCGUUCAUAUCAGCUUGCAUACAGAAAGACCCCAAGCAACGCCUGUCAUCCUUGGAGCUCCUGAGUCAUCCUUUCAUCAAAAAAUUUGAGGACAAGGACAUCGAUCUGGCAAUCCUUGUUGGCAGCUUAGAUCCUCCUGUAAACUUAGCUGAGUGAAAAAUUGUGACUGGAUUGCUGGGGAAAACUCGUUGUCAACCCAUUCGAUCAAACAGCCUCUUUAUAUGAACCAAAGCGCUGCUUAGAAAACCAGAAUGAUACUUGGAUCUUGACAUUCUCAAUGGAUUGAAGAUGCCAUUCCUACUGUUAUCAGUCGACAAAUCUCUUUUUCAGGGUACCAAAAGUUCUACUGUAUUUUACAUUUUAUCAUGGAAAACUAGCACUUAUCUUUUCAUAAGUUGUACGUAAUAUACGGCUAAAGUAAUACUGGUUGUUUAUGUGCUAUGACUGAUGGAUUCAGAAUAUUUUUCGUAA